GUGCGACGUCUGUCGUGGAGUACUGAGGUGUUCUGCCCCCAAUCCAUCGAUCGUAAUCAUGCUCCUCGUUCUGCUCCUUCUUCAAAUUAUCGCUGCGCUCGGCGAUGUCGAUAACUGUGAACCGAAGUCCCUGGCCAAGGACCUGAUCGAAAUGGUUCCCCAACGCGAAAACACCACACUGUCCAAGUGUGAGGAACAGCUGCUGGAACUGCGAAGAGCUUGGCAGGAUCACCAGUCCUGGGCACUGAAAGCUAUUGACGCCUCCGGCGAGGGCUACGCCAACUUUAUGAUGGGCCAGAGAGCCUGGCUGGGCAACAGAUUCACAUGCCGCGCCGUCAAUGAACCGAUGCUCCAGGAUAUGACCAUCAAAAAUCAGCGUCUGCUGCGCGAGAUGUCGCCCAUUCAAUUCCACUAUUUGGUCGCCUACAUUGAAUCCAAUUCGCCGUGGCAGCUGGAGGUGACCAUCAAAGCGAAUCCCCUGCUGCACAUUGGCCUCUGUCUGCCUGCGAGCUGUGACGUGCCGGAGGUGGAGCAACUCAUCCGAAAAUCGAUGGCCAAGGAAGAGUCAUUUCAUUGCUGGGAUAUGGAUGCCAAGUUGGCUUAUGCCAAGAAGCCGGAGCUUAAAACCAAUUUCUUUGAUAGUGGAGCUGUGCAAAUUUUUUUUGUAGUGUUAGGUGUGACCCUACUAUUGACCCUCGCGGCCACCAGUGGUCUGGGCAAAUACUCACGCAUCCUGGCCUGCUUUGAUUUCGCCGACAACUGGCGACUGGCCUGGAAGCCGGUGAAUCCCAGCCAGGAGAACAGACCCGUCAACGGACUGAGGGUGCUCACCGCCUUCUCAUUGAUUGGCGUCCAUGUGAUCUGGUACAAGUACUUCUCCGUGGAUCCCUCGGUCGAGAUGCUCGGCAAGUUGUCGUCCAUGACCAUGCGGCAUACCUACUGGCCCACCAUGGUGGAGAUCUUUUUUGUGGUCAGUGGCUACUUGACGGUUUUGAAUUUCAUCAGGGAUGAACAACUGCAAAAGGAUAUCGCCAGCGAUGGAAUCCUGGGUAACAUGCGUCGCUACCUCAGAGAGUUCAUCCAUCGAUACUGCCGGCUGGCUCCGCUGCAAUUCGUGAUCGUUCUGAUGGGCGUGGUGGUUAUAGAGUAUCAGCGUCAAGUGUCCGUCAUGCAAAUAACCGAUCCGCAGGACGAGCUGUGCCGACUCAAUGCCGUACGCAACGUUUUCUUCAUCCAGAAUUUGUUUCCCAUUCAGUUUAUGUGCGGAUCGUGGACCUGGUCGCUGGGCUGCGACAUGCAGCUCCACAUGACGGCGAUGCUGCUGCUCUUCAUGCACACCAAGCACCCAAACAUGGUCAAGUGGAUAGUCCGCCUGCUGGUAGUGAUCAGCGCUUUGUUUUCGAUUGUCUUCAUGGAGGUCAACGAGGUAGGCGCCAAUUUCGAGGAGAUGUAUCACACCAACGAGUGGUCGUACAUGAGUCCGUUGAUCCGCAUGCUCGCCUACAUAAUAGGUGGCUCCUAUGCCUUCUUCCAAGUCAAGGGUACGGGCACUCCCUUUGAUUUGGUAAUGCCUAAUUGGUGGAUCAGACUGGGGGCCAUUGCGUGCAUUGGCUGGCUGGCAAGGCAAGUGACCAUGGAUCAACUGCCGGCCAUCAGUAUCAUUCUCAGCUUCAUGGUCGUUCUGCGGAUUCUGGUGAGCACGGCGGCCAGCCACCUCAUCAUUUGCGGCACCAAGCCGGACAACAGCGACUCAUAUGCUCCUACCCGCUGGCUGCUGGCGCUCCUGCAGUCGGAGCAAGUGCAGCGGAUCAGCAAGUUCACCUACGCCAUCUACCUAUUGAAUCCGAUUGUAAUCAUGUACGUCUACCACUCCUUUAGCAAUGAAGUGUAUCCGGACAACACCAUGAUGAUAAUGCUGGCUAUCUCCUGUUCAGUGGUCUGUUACCUUUGGGCCAUAGUAAUGACGGUGCUCUUCGAGAUUCCUUUCAAUCGGCUGACCAGUGUGAUGAUUAAUUCUAGAUCCUCUCCAGCAAAAAAGAAAAGCCAGUAAAUCAUCCCCGAAACCGACGAAUAUUUUGUUUGAAAAUAGCAAUCGAGAAACCUUCGCAAUAAAUUGCACUUCGAUAGCCAAAAUCGAUAGGCGAUAGCGGUAAUUGAUCAAUUCGCCGGCAAUUGGUGUACUUUAAAGGAAUAUUUCGUUUAUUUAUCGAAUACAUUGAAAUGCAUACACGAGUUGGUUUCCUCAAAUUUUUUGUUUGUUUUUUGUAUUUUUUUUUAAUCUUUAUAUUACUUUGUAUUUGUUUAAAUAAAUAAGAUACAUACGUUUAAUC